AUGGAGUUCGGGAAGGCGUGGGAGCACCAGAACCCGCGGAAAGCCUGUGCUUUACUAAAACAGUAUUGCGACAAAAUGAAAAGAUGUUCUCCUGUCCUCAACUCUGCCAAUGGAGUAGCUGUCGGUGAAGCAACCCUUCCAAUUUGGAGGGACUUCAAGGCCUUGCUGAACCGGCUAGCACCGUCAGCUCCUGAACUCGAGCACGUUCAUAGACCGACAUGUGCGGUUAACGAGGAGCCACCGACCGAGUCGGAGGUCCUGGUCUGUAUUCAGAAAAUAAAGAAUGGGAAAUCUGGUGGAGACGAUGGGAUUAGCGCAGAAAUGCUGAAAUAUCUUCCUUUGUCUGGGAUUCGUGAGAUUACGAAGAUAAUCCGUUCAAUAUGA